UAGUCUACCUUGAGAUAGAUCAGGCGGAUCACCACCUGACAUUGCCAUCUCACCAUCUCUUGUAGCGAUUCCUCCAAAUCAUACAUACAGGUCAUUCCUCUGAGUUUUCACUGGGAUCCAUCCAUACAGUACCGUGUUAGUGUUCCAUCAAUCCCCCAGGUUCUGACAUGGAUGCUUUGAUGAACCGCUCCCGCGUGUUCGCGGAGGCGGUGGUGAUCAUGGUGUGCCCGGUGCUUCUCGCGGUGGCACUCCACAAGGUUGAUCUGAAAAGCAAGGAGCACGGGCAGCUCGCCGUGCCGAUCCUCAUGCUCGCCGUGGCAGCGGUCACCCUGGCAUCCGGCGUCGUCCCGUUCCUCGCUCUCGCCUUCUCCAAGAGCUUCAGCAACCACGCAUGGAGGCUCCCUGCCAAGGCGGCCAGCUGCCUGGCUCCGUUCUCGUGCAUGUGCCUCGUGGGCCUCGCGUGCUGGAUCAUGCACCUCAUCGUCUCCCAGAGCUGGGGCUACGCCUUCCCCGCCACCGGCGGCGUGUUCUUGCUCUGCAUCGUGGUCCGCUCCGUCCGCUACUGCCGUGCGCGGGGCGACGCGCUGCCCGUCGCCGUCGGCGCAAGGGACGCUCUAUGGAAGGCCAUGGAAGGGAAGCUGGACGACUCGCUCGAGUUCUUGGCCGGCGUCACCGCGCUGCUGUUCCUGGGGCUGGAGGCGCUGGCGUUGGAGGGCCAGACCAACGGCGGCCAGAGUGGUCGUCUCGCCGGGUCCAUGGGCGUAUGCUUCUUCGCCUGCGUGGUCGGCGUGUGCUUCAUGCUCGUCGAGACCAUCCCGCCUCCACCGCCGGGCAGCGAAGACACCGGUUGCCGUGCCAGCGUCGUGAGGAACCUCACGGCGAUAUGUGACAUAUUCAUGGCGUCUGCCAUCACCGCGGUCAUGAUGACGAUCAUGAUCAUGCUCGUAAACUUCCGGGCGCUGCUGUUGCUGUCGCCGCUCUUCCUCAUGUUGCUGGUGCAUGCGUUCGGUGUCCGCCGCGGCGGCGACGACGGAGACGGAGACGACGCGGCGAAGCCGGCGUCGCUCGAGCUGAGCAAGGUCACGUUCACCGGGUUUCUGGCCGUGUCGAUUCCAGCCAUCAAGAAGCCUCAUUCGAUCGACAUUUCCACCGAGUUGUUCCUCAUGUGUGCAGCAUCGGGCAUUGUUUCGGGCUUGGCUUGGAGGCUCCUGACGCACGCCAGGAUGGGGAGAAAUGCCAAUGUGGCUUCCUUCUGCACACAUUUCUGCAUUGCCAUUGCAACGGUCCCAUUUACAGUUAUGGCCGGAAACGCUCUGUAGUGAUUUUUUUCGUUAACACCAUUUGGUCUGAACAAAUCAACGUGUUUAAGUAACUAGCGUUAGACAUCACUAUUUACAAUGCAAGCAAUACUGAUUCACAAGAAAUUUAAUGUCACUUUUCUCUCAUUAUGUCUUGGGUGGUGUGUGAAACCAU